AUGAGCAAGGGUGCAACAUAUUAUGACCUCCUAAGAGUGUUUGACAUUCAUGACACAAUGAAGAAUGAGCAGUUUAUAGAGAAGUAUUUUAAAAUAGUGUAAUCUAUAUAUAUAAUGACUGAUAAAUUCUGCAGAUAUUGCCAAGAAGUGACAAGACACUUUAUUAAUGAAUAUGGAAAUUUUGAAUGCUGUAACUGUGAGCAGCAGUGAAAGUGAAUAUGAGUCGGAUAGCUCAAGUGGAGAACCAACUUAUGUUACAGACACCAGGAGCGACAGUGAUUAAGGUGCAGACCCAGCAUAUUCCAGGUAGCAGCAGUGGUAAUAUUUAAAAAAGAAGCCCCUCAGAAUUACCCAGUGAAACGCUCGGAUACUUUUUAACCAUCAUUUUCAUGUAACAUAUUGUACAUAGGAAUGGUGAAAUCUUAUUGUGUUAAACAGAAAAAACAGACAGAAUGUGUACCAGGUAGUGAAACAAUUGUUGAAGCUAAAAAUGGCCGAUUAAUGAUAAAAUGCACCUGUGCUGAAUGCAGAAUCACUAAAACCAAAUUCAUGAAGGGAAACUAAUUGGGCCAUCUCAAGCAGGGGGCGAUUUAUUUGACACUGCUGUAGGAACUGCAACAAGUUUAUUUGUAGAACACGCUCUUCCAUAUAUGGCAAAAAGAGUGUAGAAAUGGCAAGAUAUUAUGGUUCCAAAGCUCUCAGAAAUAAACAUUUGCAGAAGAAGGCUAUAAAUUAUGGACUAAAAAAGCUCACUCCUGUAAUACAAAAUGUUGGAUCACAAGCUCUUGAUCAAUUGUCAACAAAGAUUAGGCCGAAUAAAAGAUACAAAACUGAUAGAAAGGAUUUAGAUGGUGGAGCCUUACAAAAAGGUGAUAAUAUACAAGAAUUUAUUAACCAGAUAGCAGAAAUAGCAAAUGACCCACAGAAACUGAGAGCAUACCAAGUUCAAUUGGCUAUAUAAUAAUAUGCUUAUAAAAAUGCAUUGAUAAUUAACAAUUAAUGAAUGAGGCUGAGUAUCUUAUGAAGAAUUAUGGAGAUUGAGAUAAGACUCUCCGAGAAUCAGGAAAAUAUUUUGAAUGAAUAAUAAAGUGAAUUAAACGUGUGCUUUUAGCCAAUCAGAAUCGGGGAAAUGUUUUGAAUUAAUAAUAACUGGUUUUAACGGGUCCAUAAAAGAUUUUAUGAAUGCAUUGGGUUUAGGACAUAUUCUUCAAAAAGGAUCUGAUAUCAUUGAUAAAGCCAAAUCCAGCGGCAUAAGCGAAUUAACCGUUGGUGGUGUUGCCGGUAGUCCAUUUCACGUUGAUUUUAAAACUGGAAUAAAGUUGUCUAAAGACCCUGAUCUGUUCAAAUUUCAAAACAAACAAGAACGUGCUGAGGGUAAAGUGAAAGAAAAAGCAGCAAAACUGUCACAUGAUAGUGUGAAAACUCUUGGUUUCAAAGGAUCUUACACAACUUUUCUGAAAAAACUGGGUUUAAUCGAAAAACCAUCUUUUACAUUUCCAGGAUUUGGAGGAGGAUUGGAUAUACACAAGGCUAUAGGCAAACUUCCUCGCCCCAAAGCUAGUUUCACUCCAAGCAAAUAUAGAUACAUGGGGCCGUACAACCCCCUUGAUAAGCAGUUGAAAUAUGAUCCCAGCACUGGUGAGGUACUAGAAUGGUAUGUUCAGCCGUACAAUAUAGUGGAUGAAAGAGCAGCUUAUCACGACAUAUGUUAUGAUAUGGGCAAAAACAAUGAUUGA